AUGCCUUUGGAUCAGAAAGAGUUCACCGAUGCGGUUCCCCACCCGAAGAUUGGCACCCCGAUCGAUUCGCCCGAUGCCAAACCCUGGUAUUCAAUCGGCCCAGGCAUCUGGGAGCUGCUACUGAAUGGAGAUCAGAGGUCGGAAAAUAAGUCUGUUCUGCAAUGGUACGAUCCUGGCACGAAAUCCGUGCAGAACAACCCCAUUGUGCACACCUAUUACGAGGAAGUCUGCUUUCUCCAGGGAGGGUUGAAAGACAUCACCCUUGGACAGGAAUGGGGAAUGGGAGCCUACGCCUACCGAAGACCCGGCAUGAAGCAUGGUCCAUAUGUGGCUUCAGCAGAAGGUUGUCUACAGUUUGUUAAACUCAUGGCGGCGGCUGAAGGUUAG